AUGACUACGAUCCCUUCAAUCACACUUGUAUUGUUUGCAAUUACCCUUCCAAUAAGGAUUAUAUAUCUAAUUGCAAGCCACUAUAUUUUGGGGUCGGGCUUUCAGAAAUAUCAAGGAGAUUUGAUCAACCAUAUCAAAUUAUCUUGCUUCAAAAGUUCAUCUGAUUUUUUCACCUCUAGUGACUACAAAUUAAUAGGUCUGUAUAAGAUUGGCAAAGUCUUUGAACGAUUCAGAUCUGGGUACCCUCAUAUAGUCUCAAAACUAAGCAACUAUGGUGAGGAAUACGAUAGUCGUUCAACUUGGUUGGUCAAGAGUUCCCUGACUUUGAAAGAUUCAAACGAUCCAAUAAUAGUAUACCUCCAUGGAGGGGGUUAUCGUUUGCAAUUUACUCCCCCACAGAUGCAGUCUUUAAUUUCAACAUACUUUCUAUUGCAACCAGACAAGAAAGAGAAGUUGUCGGUUUUGGUUUUGGACUACAGGUUGUCUAUUCUGGGUGACACUUUCCCUGCACCAAUUGAAGAUCUUCAUCAAACUUACCAAAAUUUAACCGUAAGAGAUGGGAAUACGAAUAUUAUCUUUUUGGGUGAUUCAGCUGGUGGGAAUUUGGCGCUAACUUACUUACAACACUUGAAAUCAUUGAAUACCAAAGAUGUCGUUUACCCCAGUAACUUGGUUUUAGUUGCACCCUGGGUUAGGGUUAAACCUACGGAGGAGCAAUAUGUGCCUGGGUCAUCUUGGUAUGAUAACAGACCCAGAGACUUACUUCAAUACCGCAGGUUCUCCUCAUACAAUAAUAUGAAGCACAUCUUCGGAGAUUCUGACGUCAAGUCGGUAAAAGUAUCUCCGCUACUGAGUCCAUUCAAUGUGCAUGAUUGGGAGGACAUUCCUACUAUCAAAAAUAAUACCUUGGUGAUUUGUGGAGAAUUUGAAUCAUUCAGAGAUGACAUUUUGGAAUUCAGCAAGCUAGUCUUUGGAUGUCCAUUCUUUAAAGUAAACUCAGAAGCAUACAAUUCAUCUGACGGAACGUACAAUCCAAGUAUUCACGAAUAUCAAUCUGAAACUGAAAAUGGGAAAGUUGGAUUUAGGUUAUUUGUUGAGCCAAUGGGCAUCCAUGAUAGUGCUUUCAUGCUUGAAUCAGCUGUGGAUAAACUUGUGAAGGAUGAUAAAGUGGAAGUAGAUGAGCUAGAUGAUAAAUAUUAUUUCGGAAUCAAGAGGAUGGUAAACUUCUUAAAUGAGGUACUUUAA